CUUACAUGCUUACCUGAUUACCUAUUCCUAUUUUUUGCCGUUAUCGUAAGACGCGCCGCGAUAAUACUACUUGGCCUUGGUCGUCUUGCUAUCCACGAUUUAAUCGUUCCCAUAUACAAUGCCGUACCCCGAUAGUUCGUCCGCGGCGGGAGACUACUCGGACAGCGAGAGCUUUACAGAGCAGCUAUCGCCCACGGACGGUUAUUUCAGGUCUUCGAAUGCCGUGCCGCUCGUGCCAAACGUCUUAGUCCGCGAUCCUACUUUGCGCCCGAUAGAUCAGUCGGGCAGUGAACCGAAAGCUCGUGAGACAGAGGGGGGAGGGGCUUCAUCAUCGCCACCGUCGCUACUAUCAAAUACUCAACUUAGAGCUGGGGAGGGCUACCGCGACAGUGACGGCCGGCCCCCCAGAUCAAACCAUCCUCGAGAACGAAUCCAGUCAGAGCAGGCCGCUAUUUCUACCCUCCCACGUGAAUCACAGCACGGUCCAACGUUUUCGCACACGCACACUCAGUCGUCGUCAUCAUGGGGCGUACCCUUGCGAAGCUAUCUUACGCCGCGCCGCACCCCCUCCGUAUAUUCCGACGCGCCGCCUGCCUACUCACCCUCUCCCACAACCCCCGUCUUGCUCGGUCACACCACUAGCCAGGAGCGCACCCAAUCUAGGAGCUACAACACAUUCACAUCCGCGAUGGGUGCGGCAGAAGCCGAGAACGAGAGGCUGCUUGGCGCAACAGCGUGUCCUGCGAGCAUGAGCCAGCCGCCGCGUCACUAUGAAGUGAGGAGAGGAUAUGGCUUCGCGUCGCUACUCCGACUGCUGCCACCACCAUUACGACAGCAGCGGGCUCGACGAGUCAGAGGGCAGCUACCUACGUGGCGCAAACUGCUGCUGGUUGUGCUUCUCGUCUCCAUCAUAUUGGCUAUUCCUCUCCGAAUCAUAGCACUCUCUUCCCGCACAUCUGGGGAGGAUGACAACGGGGUAAGUAAACCGCUCAAGAACAUUUAGCAAACCCUGCCCAUCUACUCUUUUUCAUUUCCACAAAUCCACCUACCUCCCCAUCCAGCUUCUCCGCAAAUAUCCCCCUGGAGUCAAACUGCAACGCAUCUACC